CAAAGACGACAAAAUAAAACGCUUACAAGUUCAAUCGCAUUCCCUUCCCACGGCGAAUCCGUUCCUCUUCAUUAUCCAGUGAAGAUAUAGAUCGCCACUCCCACUUGAACCCCAACCAACCCCAGGCUAGAGCAGGUCCAGUUUACCCACCCCAUGGAAGACCCCAGGCCUCCCCGCAUCGCCCUCCUCUCCAGCCCCGGCCUGGGCCACAUCAUUCCCUUCGCCGAGUUAGCCCGCCACCUCGUUCGCAGCCAUCGCAUCGCCGUCACCCUCAUCACCCACCCGGCGGACCCCUCCGCCACCGUCGACCGGGCCCUCUUCAACAACCUACCCGACGAAGUCGACACCGUCUGCCUCCCCGAAUUCCCGCCCGAGGACUCCUUGAAUGGCACCACCAAACUGGAGACCCGCGUCUCUCUCACUAUAAACGCCAACUUUCCUCACCUCCGUUCCCUUCUGAGAGCUAUUUCCUCGUCUGCUCCUCUCGCGGCACUCGUCAUCGAUGUCUUCUGCAUCGACGCCUUGGACGUGGCCUCCGAGUUUGGCAUCCCGGCCUACCUCUUCGUCACUUGCUCGUGCUUGGCUCUCAACUUUUCUUUCCACCUCCUUAAGCUGGACGCCACAUUCCAAGGGGAAUACCGGGACCUGCCCGAGCCGGUCCGCAUGCCCGGGUGCGUGCCGGUCCAAGGGACGGAUUUCAUCGAGACGGUGCAGGACCGGAGAAGCGAGGCGUACAACUGGUUUAUCCGCGUCACAAAACGAUUUUACGAAGCCAAGGGGAUCCUGGUGAACAGCUUCGAGGAUCUGGAGCCAGGGGCCGCGAAAGCUUUGAAGGAAGCUGACGGUGUACCUCCGGUCUAUCCGGUUGGGCCGCUGGUCCGGGCCGCGCCGGACGAGGAAAACGAGUGCUUGAGGUGGUUGGACCGGCAGCCGCGUGGGUCGGUGGUGUAUGUCUGCUUCGGGAGCGGGGGAACCCUCACGCGCGCUCAGACAAGGGAGCUGGCUUUGGGUCUGGAGAUGAGCGGCCAAAGAUUCCUGUGGGUGGUGAAGAGCCCACAUGAACGGGAUGUUACUGGCACGUAUUUUGGGGACAAGAGCGGUAAAAAUCCCUUGGACUACUUGCCAGAGGGAUUCCAGGAGAGGACCAAGGGUGUGGGAUUUUUUGUCCCUUCGUGGGCCCCGCAGGUGGCGGUGCUCGGCCACGCCUCCAUCGGAGGGUUCAUAUCGCACUGCGGGUGGAACUCGACGCUCGAAAGCAUCGUGAAGGGAGUGCCGUUAAUUGCGUGGCCGCUAUUCGCGGAGCAAAGGCUGAACGCGGUGUUGCUCAAUGAGGAUGUGGAGGUGGCGCUGAGGCCCAAAGUAAGUGAGAGUGGUCUCGUACAGAGGGAUGAGAUUGCGAGUGUAGUUAAGCGUUUGAUGGAAGGGGGAGAAGGGAAGAGACUGCGGAAGAGGGCGGAGGAGCUCAGUCAUGUCGCAGCUCGUUCCCUCGGCCAAGAAGGGUCUUCGGUCAGGGCCUUGUCGGAGGUGGCGCGUGAAUGGAUGGAUAGGAGGACCUGAUGAUUUCUAGGCUGCGUGUUACUUGUUUGGUUAUGUUUGAAUCUCUGUUUGUUAUCGCAAUUCCCGGUUUAGAUGUGAUAUGGUAUUUUAUUGCUCUCUUCCUUAAAA